AUGGCGAGUUUGGUCCCAAAUUUUAAACUAAAAUAUUUUAUUGAAAACGAUCCAUUUGUGGAUGAUAAUCAGUUGAGAGAACAUUUUUGGGAAGCUAUUUUAAGUGAUGAUGAUACUACGAACUUAAGAGGAAUUUUCGCUUUAAAGUUUUUUGUUUCCAUGAGGUGGAUACACGGAGAAAUUAAAAAAUUGGAAGAGGAACAUCCAAAGAAUCGCAAGGUUGAACAACUGAGCUUAAAUUUUAGAAAGAAAAAGGGAAUAAUUGGAAGCCGAUACGAUAAGAUUUUCUUGUUGGAUUUUAAUGUGAUUGAAAAAAAGCAAGUCAAAAUAAUCGAAAAACUCGAGAAGGAAGUCAGAGAAAUUAUUUCAGAAAUGAAAAAGACAAAAGCACAUACUGAUAAGGAAGUUGAAGCAAUUGAGGAAAGCAUGAAAGAUUUUAGUAAAUGGAUUCAAGAUUUAAUUUACGAUGAGUUGAGUAGACAGCUUGUUCUUAAAGAGGCCUGGGUAGCUAAAAUGAAACCUGGACAUGACAAUAAAGAGAAGAAGGAAUUUGCUAUUGAAUUGAGAGAUGGUAAAAUAUUUCCUAAAUUUGGUUCCUAA